AUGGCUGCCUUGAAUCUCGAGAUUUCGACUGGAAUUCCAAUUCAAAUACCAGACGGGACAGCCUUCGACGACAUAAAGCAAGCAAAGAAGGAAGCCAUUAUAAAGUUCUUUGCCAAGCGUCCUUGGAUACUACUUCCAAACAGAGAGAACCCUUUCCCAAGAAUGAACCAAAUUCUCAAGGGUCUCCUUCACUUCUCUGGUCAGCCGUUCUACAUAACCUGUGAAGGCGACAUUCAGCCAGUUCAGUAA